AUGCGCUUUCAAGUGCUGCUGCUGCUGCUGCUACUGACAGCAACGCAGGCAGCGAUUGACAAGGACAACAACAAGUCCCAUGCUGUAGCCACUCAGCCCCUCGAUGCCCAACACAAUGUCAUUAACUUGAGCCUGCAAACGGAAACGGAUGCCAACAAUCAAAACUUUAAUCUGUCACGCUCGCAGCGACUGCGAGAUGUGCUCAACGUUUUUGAUCUGUCGCUGCUGGCAGCGCAGUGGCCGCAUGUGGAGGAAGCCAGGACGUUAAGCGUUAACUGCACCAAGGACAUGCGCACCUAUCUGCGUGGCUUGACCAAUGCCAAUAUGUGGGCUGUCAAAAUGGACGAUGCUUCCGGUCACUACACAUCCGGUUUCUUCUAUGGCAACAACUACUGGAUGGGUUCGUUGGCCCUUUGCGAAGCCAUCUACGAUGGCGCCAGCAUCAUGGACAGCGCCAGCAGCAAGGACAACAACAACACGAAGGGAAAUCGCAACAACGGCCUGCCCUUUGCCAAGGCCUAUGCUGAGGCAUACACGAGCGUCUACAGCGAACCGCCGCCAAUCCAGCCCGGCUUCUAUGUGCUCAAGCUGCAGCUCAAUGAGACGCUGGCCACACCAGUGCUGCGCACCGUCUACAUGGGUCUCUGUCUGCCCUCCACCUGCAGCAUUGCCGACGUGGAUCAGCUGAGCAGCUAUGCCCGCCAUGAGCUCUCCAAUCGGGAUGUUCAAGUGCUGGAUAUACGCGUGCCCACCGACAAGGAGUUCAACAUUUGGGCCGACAAAACCUUUUGCCUGCUGAUCAUGGUUUCCUGCACUGUGCUGGGCUUGAUCUGCUGCGGCACGCUCUACGAGAUCUACUUGACGCGCAAGCUGCAGGAGACGCUGCGUCGCCAGGACAAGGAAAUGAUGAACAACAGUGAGACAAGCUCGGGCAUUGGCUGCGCCUCGUCGGACUACAGCGAUACGAUGACGGCGCAUGAGGAGGCGCUGAAGGCUUCCAGUCAAUCGGAUUCGCUGAAGCAGCUCAAUCAACUGGUGCUGCAUUUGCCCAACGACAAUGACAGCGGCAAUGGGCAUCAUCAUGACCAUGAGCAUGAGCAUGAUCAUGAGCUGGCGCAUCAUGUUGCUGUUGGCAGCGGCGGCAGCAGCAGCAGCAGCAGCCAAGGCAGCGUUGCUGUCAAUGGCAAUGCGAACAGCAAUUCGGAUGAGCAUCUGGAGGGGCAUCUGCAUGAGCCGGAGAAGCUCAGCAUCUACUCGGAGCUGCUGUUGUCCUUCUCGGCCAUAACCAACUUCAAUGCCAUUUGCGAUCGCAAUGUGGGUGCGGACACCAUUCCCUGCAUUCAUGGACUGCGCGCCUUCAGCAUGGCUUGGGUUAUACUUGGACACACCUGCAUUGUGGUCUUUAAAUAUUCGGAUAACAUGGAAAUGCGCAAGGAUGUGGAGCAGAAUUUCUUUUUCCAGGCCAUUACCAAUGGUCCGUUCAGCGUGGACACUUUCUUCUUCAUCAGCGGCUUUCUCAUCUCCUAUUUAUACUUUCGCACCAAUGCCAAGGGCAAGUUGAAUAAGCUGAGCAAGGGCGCCAAUGAGUUCACCGCUGGCACUGCUCACUUCUUUGGCCUCGUCGCCUAUCGCUUUAUGCGUCUAACGGCGCCUUAUCUAUUUGUGCUGGGCGUCGUGCAGGUCACCAUGAAGUACUUGGCUACCUAUUCCAUUUUCGAUCCGCCCACCAUGGAUCACAUCACCUGCCCCAACUACUGGUGGCGUAAUAUACUCUACAUCAAUACGCUGUUCCCUGUAGACGAAAUGUGCAUGCUCUGGAGCUGGUAUCUGGCCAACGACACACAGUUCUAUAUGAUUGGCGCCAUUAUAUUGAUUGUCGGCGUGCGUCACUUCAAGCUUUCGGCCAUAACGACCUUGGUGUUCCUGGUGCUCUCCUGGAUUACGACCGCCAUUGUAGCAUUCACCAAUAAUCAUCGCCCCAAUACCGACGAUCCGCUGGCGCUGUUUGACAAGAUAUACGACAAGCCCUGGACACGCUUGGGUCCCUACUUGAUUGGCAUGGCUGUUGGCUGGAUUUUGUUCCGCACCAAUUGUAAAAUACGUCUGCCCAAGCUUACAGUGAUCAGCGCCUGGUCAUUGGCCAUGCUGAAUCUGUUUGUGCUCGUCUUUGGACUUUAUCGUGCGGAUCUGUCGCAGUUUACAGCCGCCGCUUACAGCUCGUUGAGUCACUCGGCUUGGGCGUUAUCGCUCGCCUGGAUUACCAUUGCCUGCUCCACAGGCUAUGGCGGCUAUAUCAACUCGCUGCUCUCAGCUCCAUGUCUCUAUCCCUUCUCGCGUGUCACCUACUGCGCCUAUCUGGUGCAUCCCAUUGUCAUACGCUCUAUGGCGCUGAAUACUGAUGCGCCACUGCAUCUGGGUGGCGAUCUGAUGGUCGUCAUGUUCUUUGGUCUUACAGUUGCCUCCUAUUUAUUAUCCUUCAUUGUCUCAAUGUCCUUUGAGGCGCCUGUCGUCACAAUGCUCAAAAUCUUGUCACCUAGUCGAAAAAAACGUAUUGCCUAAGCUUCCUUCACUUCCUCACACACACAGCCAAGUAUCGUUGUCUAUUUAUGCAAAUUACUAUAAAGAACAAGUAUCCACACAUACAACAAACUCAU